AUGCAUCAAUCUAACGAGAGCAAGACCGACCAGAAGGAGACCGUGCUCGCUGAAACCGAGGCCGGAAGCCAUGGAGUCGACGACCUGGUGGGACUAGGACGCGACGCCGACGUCGCCGCUCAGUUUCUCGCCUCCCUGGACCCAUCCAUCGUCAACGAGCCGAUCACCAAAGAAGAAGCUCGACGCGUACUUUGGAAAGUCGAUCUGAUCAUUCUGCCUCUGCUUGCCCUUUCAGUAAUCAUAGCGGCGGUAGACAAAGUCAUAAUCUCUAAUGCGGCCAUCUAUGGCAUGCGCGAGGAUACCCAUUUGGUCGGUGACCAAUUCUCCUGGGUCGGAUCCAUUUUCUACUUUGGCUUCUUGAUCGCGGAGUGGCCUGGUAACGUCCUGAUCCAAAGGCUUCCGAUUCGGUCGUUCUAUGCCGCAACGGUCCUUGCUUGGGCGGGUCUUACUUUUGCUACCGGUGGAACAAACAAUUUCGCGAGUCUAGCAUCCGUUCGCUUUCUGAUGGGCAUCUUUGAGGCUGUAGUCUUCCCCGUCUGUACUUUGGUUUCGGCUAUGUGGUGGACUAUCGACGAGCAACCAAUUAGGAUCGCCAUCUGGUACAAUACCUUGUCUUCGGUCGUCACGGGGCUCUUCUCGUACGGCGUUGGCCAUAGCAACUCCAGUGUCGCCCCAUGGAGACUACUAUUCUAUAUCCUCGGGGGUAUUACUACCGUCUGGGCAGUGAUCCUCUACGCGUUCCUACCAAGCUCGCCAGUCGAGGCCUGGUGGUUGACGGAUCGACAGAAGUACGUCUGUCUGGAACGGGUCCGCAAAAGCAAUACCGGCAUAGAGGACAAGAAGAUCAAAUGGUAUCAGGUCAAGGAGUGCUUGAUGGAACCCAGAGCUUGGCUGAUCUCCAUAUUUGCGUGCGCUAUCAAUAUCCCAAAUGGCGGCCUGGUCACGUUUGCGGCCAUAAUCGUCAAUGGUAUGGGUUUUAGUCCCUUAGACACCACCCUCUUAGGAAUACCAACCGGCGUCAUCGCUACGACUUGGUCUAUAAUCUUGAACGUUACCGCAAGCCGUCUACCUGGUUGGCGAUGCGUUCUCAUCGUCUUUGCCAUAUUCUUUCCCAUGACUACGGCGAUAUUGCUGUGGAAACUUCCUUCGGAUAACAAGCUUAGUCUCCUGGGUGCCUACUAUGCCUUCUAUUCGUACUGGGCGCCUUACACUAUGUGCACUUCUCUUCCCAUGGCUAACACAUCAGGGCACACUAAGAAGGUUACGCUGAAUGCAAUGUUUUUUUUAGGGUACUGUGUAGGAAACAUCCUAGGCCCCCAAGUAUUCCGGGCCGAUGACGCCCCAGAAUAUCACAAAGGGUAUAUCGGACUCCUGAUAUCGCUUAUUAUUAGUGCCGUGACUAUUGCAGCUUAUGGUUUUACGUGCUAUUGGGACAACGCUAAACGUGACAAGCUGCAAGGAGGCGCCCCGGUGCCCCAGACAGAAGAAGAGAAAUCACGAGAAGCCUUUUCUGAUAUGACGGACAAGGAGAAGCUCAAUUUCAGGUAUACUUACUGA